AUGACGGUGGUGGCGUCGACCGCGGCGGGGAUGGUGGGGGCGGCGACGGCGGAGGUGAGGACGGGGGCUGACUCGGCGGCGGCGGUGAGGGCGGCGGUGACGACGGCGGUGGCGUUGAGGGCGGCGGGGAUGGUGGAGGCGGCGCCGGCGGAGGUGAGGAAGGGGGCUGGCUCGGCGGCGGCGGUGAGGGCGGCGGUGACGACGGCGGUGGCGUCGGGGGCGGCGGGGAUGGUGGGGGCGGCGACGGCGGAGGUGAGGACGGGGGCUGGCUCGGCGGCGGCGGAGAGGGCGGCUGUGACGACGGCGGUGGCGUUGAGGGCGGCGGGGAUGGUGGGAGCGGCGGCAGCCGGAGGUGCGGACGGGGGCUGGCUCGGCGGCGGCGGUGAGGGCGGCGGUGACGACGGCGGUGGCGUUGAGGGCGGCGGGGAUGGUGGGGGCGGCGACGGCGGAGGUGAGGAAGGGGGCUGGUUCGGCGGCGGCGGUGAGGGCGGCGGUGACGACGGCGGUGGCGUUGAGGGCGGCGGGGAUGGUGGGGGCGGCGACGGCGGAGGUGAGGACGGGGGCUGGCUCGGCGGCGGCGGUGAGGGCGGCGGUGACGACGGCGGUGGCGUUGAGGGCGGCGGGGAUGGUGGGGGCGGCGACGGGGGAGGUGAGGACGGGGGCUGGCUCGGCGGCGGCGGUGAGGGUGGCGGUGACGACGACCUCUCGCUGUGCAGCUUCAUGAGCCAACGAGAUCACGAGUGGCGCGCGUUUGCCGACGCUCAGGCAAAAGCCAAGGUAAAGAUUGCAGCUCCUCCGGACUCGGCGCUGGAGUCGGUUGCGACGGCAAAGGAGUGCAAGCUCGACGCCGGCGCUGCGACUACGACCGCUGUCGUCAUCACCAUGCCUUCAGUAACAACUGGCUCUGACCGUUCCGACGGGACCACGAGGGCAUGGUAG